AAUGGGGAAGCGUGCCGGGCCUGGUGGGCGGGGCGGCAAGGCCUUGUCACGCUCGGGUCCGUGUGAAAACGGGGGUUCCGAGUGCAAAGCAAAGUUUUUUUGUAAACCGUCUGCAAAGGCGGGGGGGCGAAGAAGGCGCCCGAGACCGGGCCGAGUGCAGCUGCCGUGGCCGCCGCCUCUCUAGCUCCUCAGCCAUCCGCUCCUCAGUCCAGCCGCCGCAGAGGAGACCAGCAAGCAGGGCCCUCAGAUGCUCGGAGCUUUCUCGGCGCGAAGCUGCCAGUCGCCCUCGCCUGCCGCCCUCGCCCGCCGCCCUCCUGCUCCUGCUGCGGCUCUUGGUACCCCGGCUCCGGGAGCCCAGCUCCCCGCCACCGCCGCCUCCUGGGUGUGGGGGCUGCUGAGGCUGAGCCGGGCCUCGGCGCAGGCUCUGAGGACGGACGCCUGAGGAGCUGCGCGGCGCGGCGCCGCCGGCUGGCGGAGGACGCCCACAGGCGCGGGGCUCGGCGGCUUGACCCGGGCUUGUCCCCGUGCGGCCGCGGGGGCCCCUCAGCGGUUUCCCGAACGGCCCGACUCGGGCGCUCCUCCGUGUCGCGGUCGCCGACCCUCCGCGUCCCGCCAACGCCGCCGCCGCACCAGUCUCCGGGCCGGGUUCGGCGGGCCCCGCAGCCAUGGGGUGUUGGGGUCGGAACCGGGGCCGGCUGCUGUGCAUGCUGGCGCUGACCUUCAUGUUCAUGGUGCUGGAGGUGGUGGUGAGCCGGGUGACCUCGUCGCUGGCGAUGCUCUCCGACUCCUUCCACAUGCUGUCGGACGUGCUGGCGCUGGUGGUGGCGCUGGUGGCCGAGCGCUUCGCCCGGCGGACCCACGCCACCCAGAAGAACACGUUCGGCUGGAUCCGAGCCGAGGUAAUGGGGGCUCUGGUGAACGCCAUCUUCCUGACUGGCCUCUGUUUCGCCAUCCUGCUGGAGGCCAUCGAGCGCUUCAUCGAGCCGCACGAGAUGCAGCAGCCGCUGGUGGUCCUUGGGGUCGGCGUGGCCGGGCUGCUGGUCAACGUGCUGGGGCUCUGCCUCUUCCACCAUCACAGCGGCUUCAGCCAGGACUCCGGCCACGGCCACUCGCACGGGGGUCACGGCCACGGCCACGGCCUCCCCAAGGGGCCUCGCGUUAAGAGCACCCGCCCCGGGAGCAGCGACAUCAACGUGGCCCCGGGCGAGCAGGGUCCCGACCAGGAGGAGACCAACACCCUGGUGGCCAAUACCAGCAACUCCAACGGGCUGAAACUGGACCCCGCAGACCCAGAAAACCCCAGAAGUGGUGAUACAGUGGAAGUACAAGUGAAUGGAAAUCUUGUCAGAGAACCUGACCAUAUGGAACUGGAAGAAGACAGGGCUGGACAACUUAACAUGCGUGGAGUUUUUCUGCAUGUCCUUGGAGAUGCCUUGGGUUCAGUGAUUGUAGUAGUAAAUGCCUUAGUCUUUUACUUUUCUUGGAAAGGUUGUUCUGAAGGGGAUUUUUGUGUGAAUCCAUGUUCCCCUGACCCCUGCAAAGCAUUUGUAGAAAUAAUUAAUAGUACUCAUGCAUCAGUUUAUGAGGCUGGUCCUUGCUGGGUGCUAUAUUUAGAUCCAACUCUUUGUGUUGUAAUGGUUUGUAUACUUCUUUACACAACCUAUCCAUUACUUAAGGAAUCUGCUCUUAUUCUUCUACAAACUGUUCCUAAACAAAUUGAUAUCAGAAAUUUGAUAAAAGAACUUCGAAAUGUUGAAGGAGUUGAGGAAGUUCAUGAAUUACAUGUUUGGCAACUUGCUGGAAGCAGAAUCAUUGCCACUGCUCACAUAAAAUGUGAAGAUCCAACAUCAUACAUGGAGGUGGCUAAAACCAUUAAAGACGUUUUUCAUAAUCACGGAAUUCACGCUACUACCAUUCAGCCUGAAUUUGCUAGUGUAGGUUCUAAAUCAAGUGUAGUUCCGUGUGAACUUGCCUGCAGAACUCAGUGUGCUUUGAAGCAAUGUUGUGGGACACUACCACAAGCCCCUUCUGGAAAGGAUGCAGAAAAGACCCCAACAGUUAGCAUUUCUUGUUUAGAACUUAGUAACAAUCUAGAGAAGAAGCCCAGGAGGACUAAAGCUGAAAACAUCCCUGCUGUUGUGAUAGAGAUUAAAAACAUGCCAAACAAACAACCUGAAUCAUCUUUGUGAGUCUUGAAAAAGAUGUGAUAUUUGACUUUUGCUUUAAACUGCAAGAGGAAAAAGACUCCACUGAAAUUCUAAGUUUGCCAAGUAGUGUAAUUGAAGUCCUUGUCUGGUCACACAGUUUAAUUCUAUUUUUGUAAGAACAUAAUGGGACUGCAUAACAGAGUUCUAUAUUACAAUUUUGUGAUUAUUAGUACAGAGUACAGCUAUGCUGUGACUGUUUUGGAAAGCCAGUUUUAACACUAUGUUACAUUUUUGUUUAAAGUAAGUUAAACCUUAUAUAACAUAAUGACAUUUGAUUUCUGGAUUUUUCCCAUGAUAAAAAUUAGGGGGAUAAAUAAAAUUGGUACUGGAAUUUCUCUGCUUUUCUUUUCCCCCAGUGUUACACUUUAUUAGAAUUAUAAUUGAUAGAACUUUAAAAUCAUCAACAGUUUGUUUCCUUUGACAUUUUAGGUGAUAUUGCCCUUUGAGAUCAUUACAUAGCAUAAUGGCAGCAUAUUUUAAGAGUGACUCAUGGCUAUUAGUAGGAAAUAAGAUCAGUUACUAUCCUGUAUUCUGCAUUGCUGGCUAUUAAACAGUAAGAUAAUUAACAAAUUGAACUACAGUUUACACACAAUAGGACAAAUGGGGUAGUAAGAGCAAGGAAGAAAGUUUACCAAACUAAAUAUUUAGGUUAUUGUAUGAUAAUAUUGAGACUACAUUUCUAAAUUAUUUUGAGAAUUUCAACUUUUUAUUCUACCAAAGUUAAUCUGAAACUUGGACAUGUUCACCAGCAUUACUUUGUUUGAAAGAUUGGUAUAAAAACAUUGAGCUGCAAGUUUACUUACAAAAUAUAUAAGUAUUUUUAAGGAUGUUGACACUUAAUAAUUACAUGCUAAAUGCAAACGAUUAAUGUAAUCUUUUAAACUGGGUGUUUGAAAAAAAAUUUUCAAGGUCAUUUCAUGAUAACCAAUCAUGAAUGGAUUUAAAUGGAGCUUUUUGAGCACAACCAGCAAUGUUUGUGCUUUCUAAGAGUCACUGACUUGAGAGGAAAGAAAACCAGAAGGUUAAUGCAGUUUGGAUAUUAAAUUCUUAGAAAGCAAAAUUAAUAAUUAAAGCAAAAUUAAUUAAGAUUUUGUAAGUCAUCCUGUCUUCACAUACUCAGAUCUUCCAAUAGUGGCUUAUUUUGCAAGAUGCCACAAUAUCUACACAGAAAAUUGUGGCUAUUUCAUUAUUGCUAUAGAUUUCAAAUCCAACACAAAUAUUUAAGGGUGUUUAAGUUAUAUUUUUCUUGAUAGAGGGUAUGCUUUGUGACAAAAUUAGAUUUUUGUCCUUGAAAGGAUUAAUAUUAGCAUCAGUUAUGUAUAGCUCUAUUUUUCUAGAAACAAGGUAUUCUGACUACUUUUAUAGCUGACUACUUUUGGGAUGGCUACGUUUUGGGAUUUAAAAUAGUUCAUUGUUUAAUGGGUUGUAAGAGGAAAAAGUGUUAGGAUUUGACAGUUACUUUUUAAAGGGAUGAUCUUUUGUGGUGUGUGUUUUUCCUAGUGUAAGCCUGUUGCUGGCGAUGGGCCUAUUUAAGAACAGCUGAUUUUUUCCAGUGAAAAUAUGGUAAUUUUAGGAACACAGUUUGUAAGUUCACAUUUACUAUAAUGGGCCAAAACCAUAACCUGCCAGUUUGCAGUACAUCUUGAUCUUUUAAUAUUCUUAUCUGAUAUUGUGUAAUUCAAUUCCUAAACUGAUAGUUACCAUGAAUUUUGCGAAAAGGUUUGGGUGGUUUUUUUUAAACAUGAAAUUGAGGGAUCUCAUCUGGGCGAACAAGAAGAGAAAGCUGUGAAUUGUACUGUAUCAUGUACAUUCCUGAUUUAAUACUUUACAGAACAUUUUAUUCAGAUAUCAAUUUGUUACAUAAACAUUUCAGCAAUGAUACAAAGAUAACUGAUAAAAUAUAUUACAUUCAAUGAGGUUUUCUUUACAAAUGCUCUACUUGAGGUCUGUGUCUUAAAGAUGGCAUGACACCUAAGUACAAGACAUCAACUGAAUGAGGAUUUUAAAAAAUGGUAUAUAAGCAUAGGACAAGGGCUAUGUUUGUUUUUCAAAAGUGCUUUGAAGAUAACAGCCUUUAGGUUUGAGUUAUUUCACUUUUCAUAAUUUUUAAGUAGCUUAUAUAUAAUGGUGGUACCAUAGGAUUUUCUUUUUUCAAAUGACUGUCGGCAGAAACAGUGGGCACUGACUCACCUUUUGAGUUUUAGCGGAGAAUUAUUUAUUUCUUUACAAUGCACUUUCUAACCCAUUGUAGCUAUAUUAGCAUUAUCUUUAAAAAAAAGACAUGCUUUUGUAUUUAAAUAUUGUAGGAUUUAAGUGUCUUUCUCAAAAUAGCUUAUUCCUUUCUGAAAGAAAAUGAGGGAAAUACUCUGAAUUAUUAGGAGACUUAAACCCAAUAUUUAAAUAUGCUAUUUUAUAACACUGCAUCAGUUUUAGGAGUUGCAUCUCUCCUGCUGGCUCUUUUAUAUUUGAGCAAGAUCAGUGUAGAAUAUGUGUUUAGAAACUUGUCUGUUGUCUCAGUUUAGUGAAAAGGAGGUGCUGCAUGUGCCUGAAUUAAAACCAAGAAAUUUUUCCAAGCCAAAUGCAGCCUUAGUGAUGAGAGAUUUAAUUCUCCAUUGUCACCUUUUAGCUUUUAUGAUUGCUUAGUUUUUUCUGAAGGAUGUCUGCAUUGUAAAACUAUGGACUAAAACCUAAAAAACAGAAUCCUCAAAAACUUUGCUGUAUGUGUUUUAACAUUUUAGAGAACAGUAUGUUGAAUAACUAAGGUAUGUAACUUGAAUAGGAAAAAUGUCCAUCAAAUGCACCUUGGAAAAUCACAGUAGGUAGAAGGCUGUGUUAACCGUUUGUGUCUUAUUAACAUCCUUAAGUUAAUUUUGAAUUUUUGACAGUUUUGAGGGAAAAGACCUAUGGAACCUAAUGUGAAGUAUUUCGUUGUUAACUGGUGUUGAGUUGAAGAUUUUUACUGUGUAUAAGCAGAUAUCAUUUGAAUGAUAAAAAUGUCAUUAACCUGCUGUCUUAAGAUGUUCACACAAAUAUGGAGAGUAAUUCUACAUUAUAAAAAUAUUUAUUUUAAUACUGAGUUUCAGUUAAGUCAUAAACAGUGUUAAAACUCUUGGGAAGGUGUAGGGGUUUUUUGUUUGUCAUUUUUAAAAUUGAAACUGUGUCAUACAGUGUUUCACGUCUCUGAAAUUGGGAUUAUAAUAGCACUAUUUUGAUGUAGCUCUACCGAUACUAUGUGGUAAUGCUAUUUUGUUUUACUAACAAGCUCUGGAAUAUUUAGCAGUCAUUUUCACUGGCACAAGAGCCUUUUGUAUGUUAUUCAAUUUAAACUUUUAAACCAAAAAUUUUAUGGUCCAGUGUCUUUGGCAAAAAGAUGCUGGAGGGAAUGUAACAUACAAUUAAUAUGUGGUUAUAUAUAUAUAUAAAAAGACACAAAUUGCCAUGUUAUGGUUCUGCCUUGAAACAGCACAAUGAAGUGUAUCAGUAUAUUCUGUGAUUAUGGAACUUAUAUGUUGUGUUGUUUUGUGUCUUCUGUUGCCUGUCCUUUGGGCCAGAUGUGGCCCAGUUAAAUGCAGUUAUCAUCUCAUUAAAUACAGAUGCAGAUAAAAUAUCUUUAGUGCUGCAACAUUUUACCUAACUUUUUGUAUGUUUUCAUGACUGUGUGUUAUUUUCCAAAGCUGUUCCUACCUCACCAUGAGGCUUUAUGGAUUGUUAUGUAUUAUAAAUGUUCUAUAUGAGACAGACUACUGUGUUUCUUCUCAUUUAUUAAAAGUUAAGUAGAAAAAUAAACUAAUUUUAAUAUCUA